CUUUGGGGAAAGAGAAACUUAAGUGUAUUUGAGCUGCUGUGUUUGUGUCUCUGUAUUUAUGCAGUAAAAUGGCAGAAGCCAGAUUUUCUCAGGAUGAGUUCAUGUGUUCAGUGUGUCUGGAUCUUCUGAAGGAUCCAGUGACAAUUUCCUGUGGACACAGUUACUGUAGGUGCUGUAUUACAGGCCACUGGGAUCAGGAGGAUCAAAUGAAAGUCUACAGCUGUCCUCAGUGCAGACAGGCCUUCGGUCUAAGACCUGCUUUAGGUAAAAACACCAUUCUGGCUGAAUUAGUGGAGAAACUGAAGAAGACUAAACUUCAUGCUGACUGUUAUGCUGGAGCUGGAGAUGUGCAAUGUGACAUCUGUACUGAAGGAAAAUAUAAAGCUGUCAAGUCCUGUCUGGUGUGUCUGAACUCUUACUGUCAAAACCACCUGGAUCAACAUGAGAGUUUCUUUAAAGGAAAGAGACACAAUUUGACCGAAGCCAUUGGACGACUGCAGGAGAUGGUCUGUCGUGAACAUGAUAAACAGCUAGAAAUGUACUGUAUCACUGACCAGCAAUGCAUUUGUGUUCUGUGCAUGAAAUAUGAGCAUAAAAACCACAACACUACAUCAGCUGCAGCAGAGAGAACAGAGAAACAGAUGCAGGUCAAGGAGAUGCAGGAAAGGUUCCAGCAGAGAAUCCAGCAGCGAGAGAAAGAUCUUCAGCAGCUGAAAGAGUCUGUGGAGUCUUAUAAGCGCUCUGCACAGACAGCAGUUAAGGACAGUGAGAGGAUCUUUACUGAGCUCAUAAACUCCAUUGAGAAAAGACGCUCUGAGUUGAUACAGCAGAUCAGAAAUCAGGAAAAGGCUGCAGUGAGUCAAGCUAGAAAACGACUGGAGCGACUGAAGCAGGAGAUCAAUGGUCUGAGGAGAAGAAACACUGAGCUGGAGCAGCUUUCACAAACACAGGAUCACAUCCAUUUCUUGCAGAGUUUCCAGUCUCUCUCAUCACCUCAGGAAUCUACAGAUGUAAAUGACAAUCCCUUAAUUUCUCUCUACUCCUUUAAUGGCGUGAGAGAAUCUGUCAGUCAUCUAAGAGACAAACUGGAGGAUUUCUGCAAAGAGGAGUUCAAAAAGAUCUGUGACACAGUCAAAUUCAACAACAUUGUUCCUAGGACCAGGAAUGACUUCCUACAAUAUUCCCAUCAGAUCACUCUGGAUACAAAGACCCUGAAUAAAUGCCUCCAUCUGUCUAAAUGGAACAGAGUGAUUGAAUAUAUGGUCACAGAGCAGCCAUAUCCUGAUCACCCAAGCAGAUUUGAUUAUUAUCGUCAGGUGUUGUGCAGAGAGAGUGUGUGUGGACGCUGUUACUGGGAGAUUGAGUGGAAUGGACAUGUGGAUAUAUCAGUGUCAUAUAAGAGCAUCAGCAGGAAGGGACGGGGUUAUGAGAAUUGGUUUGGACAUAAUGAUCAGUCUUGGAGUUUGUUCUGCUCUCCCUCCAGUUACUUAUUCAGACACAAUAACAUAAAUACUGUUCUUCCUGUAAAGCCCAUUAGCAGUAGAAUAGGGGUGUAUGUGGAUCACAGUGCAGGAACUCUGUCCUUCUACAGCGUCUCUGACACAAUGAGCCUCAUCCACACAGUCCAGACCACAUUCACUCAGCCCCUCUAUCCUGGAUUUGGGGUUAAUUAUUAUGAAUCAUCAGUAAAACUAUGUUGAUGAAUUAGAAUAAAAUUUAAAGAGGUUCUACCCAUAAAGCUUUGAGCUGCAUGUUAAAUUAGUAUCUGUUUGUUAAAUAAAUACAGCAAAUAAACUUUUUUCAUUGAAAUGAAAGAAUGUGUGUAACAAAUCCUCAUGUAGACAGUAAGAUCAGUGUGUCAGAGUCCUGCCGAGUGAUCAUGUAAAUCUGUGCUUUUCUCAACCUACAUUUGUGUUUUUAUUGUAAUGACUCAUCAG